AUGUUAAAGGAGCGGCAGAAGAAAGAGAUAAAGAGAGAAAGUGAAGUUUUUUUUGCAAUGCAGAUUUCUAUCAAGACGUUAAAGGGAAAGAGCAUAAACCUCGAGGUUGAAGAUAGCUCCAACACUAUCGACCUCAAGAUCCAUGGGGAGCCGAUACGUGAAUUGGUUUUGCGACUGGGACCAGGUCUUGGUCGGGGUGCAGCAGCCAUGACUAUUUUUGUAAAGACUCUUACGGGCAAGACCUACACCUUCGAGGUUAAGGGGUCCGAUACCAUUAGAGAAGUCAAAGCAAAGUAUGAGGAGAUUGAUGGCGUUCCAGUGGAACAUCAGAGGCUAAUAUUUGCAAGCAAGUAGCUCGAGGACAGUCGCACGAUAGCUGAGUACGAUAUCACACAUGAGUCGACCCUUCACAUAGUGUCUAGACUAUGCGGUUGUUAA